CCUAUAUUAAAUACCUGCUUUUGCAUUCCCAUUUCCACCACAAACUCCAAACAUUUUCGUUUCUCUCAAACUUUUUGCAUCGUCAACAAGAACUUUUCUGAACUCAGAUCUUAGACAACAUCAGCUCGCAUUCAUCUCUACAUUGAAGAAGGAACUUUGGUUUUCCAGAUAAGUUGUUUGGUGUAUCAUUUGGGUGAAGAUCUUUGAAAAAUGGAAGGCAGCGUGGCUUAUGAGAAUGAUCUAAACCUCAAGGCAACCGAGCUAAGGUUAGGAUUGCCAGGAACAGAUGAAAGAGAGGAACAACCAGCUUCCAAUGUUAGAAACAAGAAGCGACCAUUGCAGGACCCUGAUGAGGAAUUUGGAGCAAAUGGCAAAUCUGAUGCUCAAAAUGAAACUGCCCCUCCUGCCAAAGCACAAAUUGUGGGGUGGCCACCGAUCCGGUCCUAUAGAAAGAAUAACUUUCAGCCAAAGAAAAGUGAGUCUGAGGGUCCUGGGAUUUACGUGAAAGUAAGCAUGGAUGGAGCACCAUACUUAAGAAAGAUUGACCUGAAAGUUUACACAGGGUACGCGGAGCUCCUACAGGCUUUAGAGAACAUGUUCAAGCUCACCAUAGGUGAGUACUCAGAAAGAGAAGGCUACAAAGGAUCAGAUUAUGCACCUACUUAUGAAGACAAGGAUGGAGACUGGAUGCUAGUUGGAGAUGUUCCCUGGGAUAUGUUCAUCACAUCAUGCAAAAGGCUAAGAAUCAUGAAAGGAUCAGAAGCCAGGGGCUUAGGUUGUGGUGUAUGAGAAAUUCUCUAUAGCAACAGCACAUCUAAGAGCAAGAAAAGGGAGAAGAUCCAUCUCUGUCGUGGAGAGAAAAUCUUUCAGCUUGGGUUCUCGAAGGAGAUUUUUGGAUCUGAUUCUCAGUCUCCUCAAUAGGUAGUCUGGUCGGAAAUUCGGUCGACUGGGAAGUUUAGAAGGAAAACAGAUAAUAUAAAGUGGAGUUACAUUUUCUUUCCUCAGAAGUUUGGCUGCAGCAAAGAUAUUUGGUGGUUUGAGCAUUCUGUAAUGUUAAUGUGUUUUGCUAUAAUACCCAUCAAACCAAAACUACAUAGAAGAAUCUGUUGCUUCAACUGCAACUUUGUAAAAAAAGGUCGAAGAAAAUCACAAAAAGGAUGUGGCUAUCCAAGUUUUGGUUAUGUAGCAUUAAUACAAAGAAACAAAUUAAGUUGUAUAUCAGCUGUGUUGUCUCUAUACAAUUAAAACUUGUCUGUGUUAUUGUUGAACCUAGAAAAUUUAAGUAUGCUUUCUCUUUUCAUAA